GCGGCAGCAGCCCCAGCCCCAGCCCCAGCCCCAGGAUGCGCUGCCCGGCCCCGGCGCCGCCGGUGCCCUGCGAGGGCCAGAGCGGCGUCAGCGGGCGGCAGGGAUGGAUGCGGCCCCGCGGCGCUGCCCCAGCUGCUGCUGGCGGCGGUGGCGGCGGCGGCUGCGCGGGCGGCGGUGGGCGCUGGCGGCCGGGCUGCUGGGCGUCGCCGCGGCGCUCGCCCUGUACUCGGCGCUGCCCGAGCCGGCCCGGGCGGACGGCGAGGCGGUGACCGUGCUGCUGUGGUGGGAGCCCUUCGGCCGCCCGCGGCGCUUGCCCGACUGCCGGCGGCGCUACAACAUCAGCGGCUGCCGCCUCAGCGCCGACCGCAGCCGGUUCGGCGAGGCGCAGGCGGUGCUGUUCCACCACCGCGACCUGGCGCGGCACGGCGCCCAGGGGCUGCCCCGCGGGUUCCCGCCGCGGCCCCCGCGGCAGCGCUGGGUGUGGAUGAACUUCGAGUCGCCGUCGCACUCGCCCGGCCUGCGGGGGCUGGCCGGGCUCUUCAACUGGACCAUGUCCUACCGCCGCGACUCUGACGUAUUCGUGCCCUACGGGUACCUCUACGUCCCGCCGGCGCCCCGGCCCUUCGUCCUGCCCCGCAAGACACGGCUGGUGGCCUGGGUCAUCAGCAACUGGAACGAGGAGCACGCCCGGGUGCGCUACUACCGCCAGCUGAAGGAGCACCUGCCCAUCGACGUGUACGGGGCGCGGGGGCUGGCGCUGGCCGAGGGCGGCCUGGUGGAGACCGUCUCAGCCUACAAGUUCUACCUGGCUUUCGAGAACUCCCAGCACACGGACUACAUCACUGAGAAGCUCUGGAGAAACGCCUUCUCCGCCAGCGCCGUGCCCGUCGUCCUGGGACCCCGCAGGGCCAACUACGAGCGCUUCAUUCCCCCCGACUCCUUCAUCCACGUUGACGACUUCCCCAGCCCCCGGCUACUGGCCACCUACCUGAAAUUCCUCGAUAAAAACAAACCAAACUACAGGCGGUACUUUGCCUGGAGGAAGAAGUACGAAGUCCACGUCACCUCGUUCUGGGAUGAGCAUUUCUGCAAGGUCUGCGAGACUGUUCGGGCAGCUGGGAAUCAAAUCAAGACUGUUCGAAAUCUGGCCAGCUGGUUUGAAAGCUGAUGUUCCUGGCGGGUGAGGCUUGCCUGGACAGCCUGGGCCGGCGUCAAGGUGUAGGGGACGAUGGGUCUUACAGAGAUCGGUAGCCAAGGUAGUCGGUAUUAGCCACAGAAGACUGGCAUCAGUGAGAGAAGCGUACAGGUACAGGAAAACAAGCUGUGAAAAGCCUACAAAAGGAAGAUUUUUAUUAAGGAGAAAAUUAUGGAAGUACAAAGAGACAUUAUGCCAGAUGAUUCCUAAAGAGCAAAGUUAAAUUUCCAAAUGUUGUACAGUUACAGAACUUUUAAAGUUCUGCACAGCUCAACAUAAAUAUCCGAUGCCAAGUUCUUCAGCCGUACAGCUGAAACCAAUUUAGGCGGCUAUGACAACUUCCUGGACCGUGAAACUUUCCUCUGCUCACAGAGGAUACAUGAUCAGUGCUGGUUUUCUGUGAUACUAAAACAAAAAUGAAUGUUUUUAAUUGAUUUUUAUGCGUGUGAAAACUAUUUACAGUUCUGAGCCGCAGGUGUUGAAUGUAAGAAUGUAAUGAUACAGUAGCACAUUUUAGCAAUGCUUGAAAUUAGCAGCCUGCUAAUAAUGCUUUGAACCAAAUAAGUGUUUCAUUUAGGAAAAAGCAUAUGGAGAAUCUGAGUGGACAAACAGCUCACAUGAUGUAGGGUAUUUCUGCUACUACCUGCUGAAACCAUAGGCAAGUUUAUCAUGUAUGAAAGUAGAGAAGAGCUUUAAGUACAGGAAAAGACAGACUGUAGGGAAAAAAUUUGGAACACUUCCACCCUCCCUUUAUUCAGGAAUUAGAAUAUGUUUACAGGUAUCUGCAUGUUUUUCUCUGCAAAAUUAUUGCCAUACAGGGAAAUGCAGGGAAAGGCUCAGAAUGGCAGGGGUUUUAUUACGGUAUUGAGUAUAUACACAGAAAGGCUAACUUAUUUCUCAAGUGUCAGUAGACAGUGCCAUUGUGUAGCAACUGUUUUUGGUUUAUGGCAUGCAUUUUUAAAAAUUCUGCUGGGGGACAGACUAGUCAGAAUGCUGUUUUGUUGUUUGCAAAAUAAUUAUUACCAAAAAAACCCCAAACUCCCAAAUCACUCCCAUUCAAAAAGAAAAUUACGGUAGAGAAUAAGAUCUAUGCUGUUGGUAAAAUACAGAUUGUGUGAGGAAAAAAUAUAAAAAGGGAAGGAUUUACUAUUUUCUUUUCCUUUGGUUUUGAGGUCCUUUUUUAGCUCAGUCUUUUAAUCCAUAAAUAGGUUCUUAAGGUUGAACUUCCUUUGCCCAAUGCCUGUCAGGAACAUUUACAGUAGUUACUCCCUUUUAGACUCCCACAUUUUGCUGGAGACAUCCUAGCAGUCGAUGUGUUGGUACUUUUUGGUUACAUGUAAUCUUGCUCAGUGAAAGCCAGAAAGAAACUUCAGUUACAAUUCCACAUCCUUGCCAAGCUCAGCCUCCCUGUCUUUUGCAGCUAUGAAGUUUGGUGGCAAAAAAAUUACAACCUACAAGAGACCUGCCCAAAUGAAUAAGGUAUUCAUUCUGCUCCUUUUGAAGGAGCUGGAUAAUCCAUGGAGUUACUUGGCAACUUCAUUCAGAAUAAAAUCAUGGGCACAGAACAGGUGGGAAAAGAACAAAGUCAGUUGCAAAUAAAAGAUGGGCAUCAGAACAGGCGACUUCACUGGCAUUUGUGAGUCAUAUUUAGGUUAGGAAAGGAUUAGAUUUGAUUUAAGCAGUAUGGGAUGUUGGAUGAGUGUUUUUAAAAUGUAUGAGCUGGCAGUUUACUGUGAUUUAUUUCUGGUUAGAUGUUCCCCAUGAUUAGGUAAACAUGGAACCAAGGAUUAUUGGAAAAAAACUAAUAAUAAUGAAGUUCAUUAAUAAUUUGCGUAGUUUUACCAGUUCAGAUCUUGCAGGCUUCUGCAAUUAUUCCCUUCUGCUUUUGUGCAAGGAGGGAUGGCUGAAAGUACUUGAUGAACCUUUCUGUUGUCAGUGCCAGAGUUGCUGUAGAAUAUUUAUUGGGAAGGGAGUGAAAACAGUCUGUGCAAUGCAGGGUGUAGUAGGGAUGGUUCCUAAUGCUGCACUUUCACUUCAAGAGGUAUAAAGUGAUUUAAAGUAAAAUUUAAAGUGUUUAAAGUAAAAGUGUGUUCGUCAUGGCAUGGUCAUUUAUUUCUCUACCAGUGGUUGCUAUUCCCAUAACACUGGGUUUGAUAUUUUUAGAACUCUAAUUUAGGUGUUGCAUUAACAGUAAUACCUAAGUGUCGGGAUGAUAGGUUCUCUCUCUCCCUUUGAAUUUAUAAUAUCUUUUUUUCUGUUCAGUUUUUAUCACAGUUCAUAUAACUGUAUACAAAAAACCAAUCUUAAAAGUGAUGAAAUAAUAUUUAAGAUUACACUACUUUUUACCAGUCUGAUGAAACUAGUGCAUUUUUUUCAGUCCUCCUAAUUUUUUUAGCAUUUAAUGAAAGUUUCCAGGCACACAGUUCCUCUGUGUAAUUAUUAGUAAUGCCACGGGCAGAUCAUCAGGCUACAGGAGCACGGGAAUUUCCAGGGAUCGCAAACAUUAAUUUUUUUUCUCAGCCUGUCUAAAAAAAAAAGAGUUGAAGUCUUUGGUGAAAUAUUUUUGUAAAAUUCAGAAAAGAGCUGCAAAGCAAUUCAAGCAUCAUAUUUGUAUAAAGUGAUCAGAAUUGCACAGUAUUUGUAAAUUGUGCAUUGAGGGUUUUCAAGAACUGUAUGGUGAAAACUGCAGAUUUGUAGUAAUUAUUGCAGAGCACUUGCACUGGGAGAAGAGAAGCCUUUUAUAAUUUCAUCAUUCUUACAUGGGUGUUGCAAACUUGUCACUUUCUAUUUGGGAAGAAACUCAGCCCAGGCCUAGAAGUGCUGAAGUCAGUAUUACAAUAUCUCUGUAAAUCUCUGGGUUUUGGCUCAUCCACACCACGAGCUAGUAGUGUACUGUUACAGGCAGAGGACCAGCUUUUGUAAUGCACUUUGUAGAGCUCCAGUUCAAUGAUAAAUAUAAAGCUUGCCUGAGCGAAUUGGUUUGUACAUUGGGUACCAGACUCCACAUGGCAUUGCAGAUGACGUAUACAACCCAGUUGUAAAAACGGGGGAAGUUAUUUUCUAUUUUAAGUAGAAAAGUUUCCUUGAAUACAUUUUGAAAAAGUUUUUAUUCCAUGCCUUAAAAUAUUGGGGUAGAGGGAGAGAAAGGAAGAUCAUUAUCUUCUGGGUUUUAUAAGGAGAAGAAUUACCAUUACUUUUUGAUUAUGAUGUAAAUGGAAUGGAGAAUUAUGUGAUCCCUCAAAUUGCAUAUUGUAUCUCAGGGAAUUUUAUAUUGUAAGCUGUCUUGAUCUUUAUAGAAUGAAGUAACUUUAUAUUAAUUAUAUAGAUUGACAAUAAAAUUAAAGCAAGUAGUGCAAAACAACCCUAUUUUUUAUUCUGUUGCCUGUGUUAUGAAGGCUGUAGAAAACUGCUUUUUAAAAAGAAUGAAUGUCUUUUAAUGUUUGUUUAAUAAAUAAAAGUGGCUGAUUGUUCUCAAAGUAGUCAGACCAUCUGAGGUGAGGCAUGAAACCUGGUUCUGCCAGGAGAAAAAUAUUUUCAUAGGAGAGGCUGUGCCGAGUUAUUUUCUAUAUGAAAAGAUGCAUUUAUUGAACUUGGGUGUUGGAAAAAUGUCAUUUCAAACAAAAUCAAAAAACAGACUUUCUCUUGACCUAGAGAGAAUUUGAAUGUGGUUGGAUUCUUUUGCCCCCCUUAAAUUUCAAAAUGAGACUAUGUUUAUUUUGGUGUUCAGCAUGUAGUGCUACAUAUACCUUUUCAGCUACAGCUUUUUUCAUGGUUGUUCAUGGUUGUCUUCAACUGAGCAACAAAAGAUCAAGGGCCAAAAGCUCUUUUCCCUAAGCUCGUGUUAAUGCUGAUUGCUGCACAAGUGAUGGCUUACCUCUCUCUUUACUCAUCUUCUGAGCAGCUUGGUGCACAGUACUGAGAAAGCAUUUCUGAAAAUUCCUGCCCAGCCAGGAUGGGGGCAGAGCUACAGUCCUUGCUUUUCCCCUAAGGUGAUUGAUGUUGUAUCAUUAUCACAUUUAACUUUUGUAAGUACCACUUAAACUGACUGCUUGCUUACUCCUACCUGAGGGGGGAAACAUUUUUUUGCUCAUUUUCCAGAUGGCACUGAACACUGGAUUGGGGAAACUGGUGUAAAUAUUUUUCUGACAAAUAUUGGGUACCGUUUGUUCAAGCUUGUUUGGUGACUCUUAAGCGAGUUAUGCCUGAUUAAGCUCACACAGCUUUCUUUCCAGCAGUCAUAUAAAAUGGUGUUUGUUUUAAGAGAGUAAAUAACCCUUUGUAGGGCCCACAGAGCUGACUCAAUCUAAAAUCUGUUGAUGAGAACACAGUGUCUUAAUGUGAAUUUAAGUGGUGUUUAACUAAAGAUAACUCAGGAUCCAAGUGUAACAGCCUGUUUUUAAUAAGUAAAAAAACCUCAUUAUUUGAAUAACUUGCCUGUAACCAGUGUGGUUUAUGUAACCAACUCAGUUAAACGAUUUGCAUAAUUA